GAACGAAGAUGCUUAAAGCAUUUUCCAUUUCAUCAGUAAGGAACAUAUAUUACUUUACUGGUUCACUAAAAUGUUGGUUUAAUGCCCACCCCUUUCCAUCUGCCCAUGUCUGAGAUUCUCAGCGCGAGCAGCCUACAAUCAUGACUAGCUUACGACACACAGUGAGCACUGGCUGCCUCUGCAUGCCCUGGUAACAUACUGCUCCGGCUGAAGGGAAGGGAUCCUACGCUGGCUGCCUUUUUCUCCAGCUCUGCUUUAAGCAUUGGCGAACAAAACCAAGGAAGAAGAAAAGAGAAGAGAGAAAAGAGAAGAAGAAGAAAAAAAAAAAAAGAUCAUGCAUCUAUCGUUAUCCGGCCAGUGAUUUGCAAUCGGCAGAGCAGAGAAUUGUUGUCGUUGGGGUUGGUUUUUCUUUUUGUGGAUUGGUGCUUUGGUGAAUAGUUCCUUUCAGAUGAUGAACAUUAAGCAGCUAGCCAGAUGCCGCGUCGCCCUUAGCAAAGACUUUGGAGUUCUUUCCGGAAUGUCACGACAAUAACCGCAGAGGAAAAAGGACGGGCAGCAAAGGAGCGGAUCGGGGUUCCUUGUUGUGUAACUCGAAGGUCCUACAAGUCAGCUGGAAAAGGAAAGGUAACCGGACCCCCCCAACCCCCCCUUCUCCUUCUCCCUUUCGGCUCAUUGAGAAGAAGCAAAGGGGGACAUUGUACGCCUGCCAGCGUUGAACAAGCUGAAAGCUACUGUAUUAGUAGCACAGAGGGGUCUUUUAGCCCUGCAUAUAAUUAGCCAAAACACAAAGGCAGCCGCUGAAUGGAGCUUGUCACUCUCUGGAGAAGGGUGGGUAAGACACUUUUUUAAUUAAAUUCUUUCAUGAAGAAAGAUAUUUUUUCCUGCCGUUAUUUUUCUUCUGCAGCCCUUACCAUGAAUAAAAUCCACUCACCUUCUAAUUUGCAUCAACUUUAAUGCUGCCAAUACUGUGCAUGCCCUAAGCUCUACUGCCUGCCUGCACUUCCAUUGACAUAUGACAUGUAUUUUAUUCAAAUAUGAUGUAGAAGUCAGGGACGAUUUCAAUGGACAUUCUCAAGAAAAUUUGGAACCGUGUUUGCUAAUGGAUUUCCUUCUUAUUGGCCUCUGUUUAAACUGGAUGCUGAGAAAGCCCCCUGGGAUAAUACUGUGUGCGCUGGGCAUAUUUGUUAAAAUGCUUCCCCUCGUGAGCAGCGGCUGUCCGAGAGUGUGCCGUUGCGAGGGCAGGUUUUUGUACUGCGAGUCACAGAAUGUCACGGAGCUGCCUCACAACCUGUCGGGCCUGAUGGGCUUGUCCCUGCGGUACAACAGCAUCGCCGAGCUGCAGGACGGACAGUUCACGGGGUUAAUUCAGCUCACGUGGCUCUAUCUGGAUCACAACCACAUAGACACGGUGGAGGGGAAUGCCUUUCAGAAACUGCGCAGAGUCAAAGAGCUGACACUCAGUUCCAACAAAAUCACACAACUGGCCAACCACACUUUCCGACCCAUGCCAAACCUGCGCAGCUUGGACCUAUCGAACAAUGACCUACAGUCCCUGGCCCCGGAUUUGUUCCACGGGCUGCGCAAGCUGACGAGUUUACAGAUGCGCUACAAUGCCAUCAAGUUUGUGCCAGUCAGGAUCUUCCAGGACUGUCGCAGCCUGGAGUUUUUGGACUUGGGAUACAAUCAGUUGAAGAGCCUGGCUCGUAACUCUUUCGCCGGCCUGUUCAAGCUCGCCGAGCUCCACCUGGAGCACAAUGACUUGGUCAAGGUGAAUUUAGCUCAUUUUCCCAGGCUCCUCUCGUUGCACUCCCUCUUCAUGAGGAAGAACAAAGUCACCCUCGUGGUUAACUCUUUGGACUGGGUGUGGAAACUAACCAAAAUGGACCUCUCCGGUAACGAUAUCGAGUACAUGGAGCCCCAUGUUUUUGAAAGCGUACCUCACCUGGAAUCUCUGCAGCUGGAUUCCAACCGCCUAACCUACAUUGACCCCAGAAUCCUCAACUCCUGGAAAUCUCUUACCAGCAUCACCCUGGCCGGCAACAGCUGGGACUGCGGGCGCAACGUCUGCGCCUUGGCCUCCUGGCUGAGCGGCUUCAAAGGGCGCUUCGAUGGCAAUAUGUUGUGCACCACACCAGAGUAUGCCCAAGGAGAGGAUGUUCUAGAUGCUGUCUAUGCCUUCCACUUAUGUGAGGACCCCACAGACCCGACUAGCGCUAAUGCCAUUUCCACAGCGCUCAACAACAGCGACAAAAACGCCCACCAUGGCCCCACCAUGACCACCACCAUCUAUGAUGUGCAGGAUACAGAAGGGGAAAAAACAACGGAGAACCUAGUGGCCACCAUUCCCAGUGAGCACCCUGAGAAUACCGUCCAGAUACAUAAGGUAGUCACGGGGACCAUGGCAUUAAUUUUCUCCUUCCUAAUAGUGGUUUUGAUGUUGUACGUUUCUUGGAAAUGUUUCCCAGCUAGCCUCAGACAGCUGAGACAGUGCUUUGUGACACAACGUCGGAAGCAAAAGCAGAAACAGACAAUGCAUCAAAUGGCAACAAUGUCUGCCCAGGAAUACUAUGUUGAUUACAAACCCAACCACAUCGAAGGGGCCCUGGUGAUCAUUAACGAAUAUGGCUCUUGUUCAUGUCACCAACCACCUGCCAGGGAAUGUGAGGUGUGAUCUUAUCUUCCACCUGGGGAAUUAAACGUUGUGCAACCAAACGACAAUGGCAGAGAGACAAGCUGAAGGAAUUGUUUGCGUUCUCUGACGCCCCCUCCUGACGGACACAGAGGGAUCUAUCGGAGAGACUUGACAUUUUAGCUUUAUCGUGUCUUAAAACCUUCAGGACGGUCAGCCGUUUAAAAACGAAAAAAAAAUAAAAAAAAAAAAAAUAAAAUCUAAAAUUGGUACGAAGAUUUGUCUAUAUUCAGGAGUGUUUUUAAAAAAACAAAAACAAAGGUACCCCAUUGAUUUUUUUUUGUAAAAACUAUGAUGUUUAAAGAGAAAAAAUUAAAAUAAAAUAGCAUUUACAAUA